AUGGUGUUCCUGAAGGUAGCACCUAUGAAGGGUGUUUUGAGGUUCAAGAAGAAGGGGAAGCUAAGUCCACAUUUUGUAGGGCGAUUCGAGAUACUUGAGCGGAUUGGUCCCGUAGCUUAUCGUUUGGUGUUACCUCCAGCAUUUUCUGCAGUACAUGACGUAUUCCAUGUCUCUAUGCUGAGGAAGUAUGUCUCAGACCUGACACAUGUAGUGGACCUUGAGCCAUUGCAAAUUAAUGAGAACUUGAGCUAUGAGAAGCAACCCGUUGAGAUUUUGGCAAGGGAGGUCAAUAUGCUUCGUAAUAGAGGGAUUGCUCUAGUCAAAGUUCUUUGA